AUGUAUGUCUUUACUUUCUCAACAUCCACCCACUCCACCAACAUCUACAUCAGUCUGCCUCCACCCCAUCUCAAACCCAGCCCCACCAACCUCUAUCCCAGCCCCACCCACCUCUAUCCCAGCCCCACCAACAACUAUCCCAGGCCCAACAACCUCUAUCCCAGCCCCACCCCAUCUCUAACCCAGCCCCACCAACCUCUAUCCCAGCCCCACAACCUCUAUCCCAGCCCCAUCAACCUCUAUCCCAGCCCCAACCCAUCUCUAACCCAGCCCCACCCCAUCUCUAACCCAGCCCCACCAACCUCUAUCCCAGCCCCACCAACCUCUAUCCCAGCCCCAAACCUCUAUCCCAGCCCAAUCAACCUCUAUCCCAGCCCCAUCAACCUCUAUCCCAGCCCCAUCAACCUCUAUCCAAGCCCCACCCCAUCUCUAACCCAGCCCCAACAACCUCUAUCCCAGCCCCACUCCAUCUCUACCCCAGCCCCACCAACCUCUAUCCCAGCCCCACCCCAUCUCUAUCCCACCCCACCCCAUCUCUACCCCAGCCCCACCAACCUCUAUCCCAGCCCCAUCAACCUCUAUCCCAGGCCCACCAACCUCUAUCCCAGCCCCACCAACCUCUAUCCCAGCCCCACCAACCUCUAUCCCAGCCCCACCAACCUCUAUCCCAGCCCCAUCAACCUCUAUCCCAGCCCCACCAACCUCUAUCCCAGCCCCACCAACCUCUAUCCCAGCCCCAUCAACCUCUAUCCCAGCCCCACCCCAUCUCUAACCCAUACCAUCAACCUCUUUUCCCAGCCCCAACCCAUCUCUAACCCUAGCCCCAUCAACCUCUAUCCCAGGCCCACCAACCUCUAUCCUAGCCCCACCAACCUCUAUCCCAGCCCCACCAACCUCUACCCAGCCCCACCCCAUCUCUAUCCCAGCCCCACCAACCUCUAUCACAGCCCCACCAACCUCUCUCACAGCCCCACCAACCUCUACCCCAGCCCCACCAACCUCUAUCCCAGCCCCACCCACCUCUAUCCCAGCCCCACCAACAACUAUCCCAGGCCCAACAACCUCUAUCCCAGCCCCACCCCAUCUCUAUCCCAGCCCAACCAACCUCUAUCCCAGCCCCACCAAACUCUAUCCCAGCCCCACCCCAUCUCUAUCCCAGCCCCACCAACCUCUCUCCCAGCCCCACCAACAACUAUCCCAGGCCCAACAACCUCUAUCCCAGCCCCACCCCAUCUCUAUCCCAGCCCAAUCAACAUCUAUCCCAGCCCCAUCACCCUCUUUCCCAGCCCCAUCAACCUCUAUCCCAGCCCCAGCACCAGCCCCACCACACCUCUACCAACCCCACAACUACCCCAGUCCAAUUCCACCCACCUCUAUCCCAGUCCCACUCCACCAACCUCUACCCCAGUCCCUCUCCACUCACCUCUACCCCAGUCCCACUCCACCCCAACUCUACCCCAGUCCCACUCCACCCACUUCUACCCCAGUCCACCUCCACCCACCUCUACCCCAGUCCACCUCCACCCACCUCUACCCCAGUCCCAUUCCACCCACCUCUACCCCAGUCCACCUCCACCCACCUCUACCCCAGUCCACCUCCAUCCACCUCUAUCCCAGCCCCACCCCACCUCUACCCCAGUCCCACUCCACCAACCUCUACCCCAGUCCACCUCCACCCACCUCUACCCCAGCCCCACUCCACCCACCUCGUCCCAAGUCCCACUCCACACAACCUCUCCCACAGUCCCACUCAACCCACAUCUACCCCAGUCCCACUCCACCCACCUCUACCCCAGUCCACCUCCACCCACCUCUACCCCAGUCCCACUCCACCAACCUCUACCCCAGUCCCUCUCCACCCACCUCUACCCCAGUCCCACUCCACCCACCUCUACCCCAGUCUACUUGCACCCACUUCUACCCCAGUCCACCUCCACCCACCUCUACCCCAGUCCCACUCCACCCACCUCUACCCCAGUCCCACUCCACCAACCUCUACCCCAGUCCACCUCCACCCACCUCUACCCCAGUCCCACUCCACCCACCUCUACCCCAGUCUACUUGCACCCACUUCUACCCCAGUCCACCUCCACCCACCUCUACCCCAGUCCCACUCCACCCACCUCUACCCCAGUCCCACUCCACCAACCUCUACCCCAGUCCCACUCCACCCACCUCUACCCCAGUCCCACACCACACACCUCUACCCUAGUCCCACUCCACCAACCCCUCCCCAGUCCCACUCCACCCACUCCACCCACUUCUAUCCCAGUCCCACUCCACCAACCUCUCUCCCACCCCACCUUCACCCCACCUCUACCCACCCCACCUCUCUCACAACCCCACACCACUCCUCUCCACCACUAUGCCAGUCCCCUUCCCCUUCCACUCCACCUCAACCCCAAUCUACUUCCCCUGUCCAUUAACAUCAUGUGUCCAUUGAGG